AUGAAUACAAAUUCUCAAGUGCGAUUCAUAUUAAAAGUUAAAGAAAAAGUGCUGAGAUCGAAGAAAAAGAUCCGAUGGGUGUACCAUGGAAACUCCCCCAGCUUCAUACGAAGGAGUACGUUGUUGCCGUGGCUGCGACCGCCGGGGAGCAGUGGGCCAGUGCCGGGCGACACUUUGGUCAUGUCUCGCCCUCCCUCUCCCAUCUCUCCUGCUCCCUCCUUCAUCUUCAAUCAGAAUGCAAACAAUAACAAUAACGUCGACAACACCAGUUUUCGGGGCACCGGUGAAAAGGCAAACCAUGUACCUCAGCUGGCGGAUCACUCAGGCCUCAAUUACACCUUUGGAAGCCUGGAGGAUGAAGCGGGCACGCACAGACCGGACCCGGGUGAGCUGCAGCAGGAAGUGCUGGAGCUGGAGCACACGAACCGCCGCCUCACUGGGGAAAACGCCGAGCUCACCACCCACCUCACUAACGCAGAGGACCUCAACACGUCACUCAGGGAACAAUGUAGACAGCUUGAACAGGCACUCAACAGCGUGCAGCACCAGCUGGCGGGAGCGCGCCGGAUGGAAACCGAGAUUGAAGAGUUUCGAAACCUCCUCGACAUGGAACGCGAAGAGAAGGGGCGUCUUCUCGGCCGGCUGGGCCACCUGGAGAAGGACAACCAGGAACUUGCUGCCAGACUCGAGGAUCUUGUGGCUCAGGUAAAUGCUGCACAUGAGGAGGCUGAAGGGCGGGCAACCCGAGAAGCUCAGCUCGUGGCAGAGCACAAGACACAGGUGGCGACCCUGAUGGAGAAACUCUCAAGUUGGAAGAGUCAGGCCCAAAGUCAGGGUUCCAUAGUGCGGGACCUUGAGGAAACGGUGAAGGAUCUCAGGAGAGUCAUUGAGGUUCUGAAAGAUGAAAAGAGUAAUUUGGAGCAACAGCUGACAUGCCUAAGAGAAGAACUGACUUCUGUAACAACACAGCCAGACCAUGAGAUCAAACCAAAUUAA